GCCUAAUUCUUGAUUCUUUUUGUAUGCGCAGCAAUUUUGCAAGAAGCUUCUUCACUACUUCAAUUCGCCUAUCUUCAACAUCGAGAAUUUUUUCAACGUCAAGUAAGACUUACAAGGCUGUACUUCAUCCGCCGUUCAAAAGUUGCAACUUUGCCUCUUCAAUGGCUUCCUUAGCCAUCGGUUCGCAGAAUGGAACAUGUCACUCUACAUCUGCAAAGACAGUAUUGGAAAUUCCAGAAGCGGUGCGAGGGAUGAAGGAGUUGCAGAAGGACUUGUUUCAGACAACGAUCACUCUAAGUGCAUUGAAGGUUGAGGCGUCAAAGAUCUCUAUCAUACAACGCAAAGUCAGAUUGGAGAAGUACCUGUUCAAAAAUUUAGGAAGAAUAAAAAGCAUAGCAAACGCGGAAGACGCCAAGCACAAGUUGUUGUUAUUUGAGCCUACCUUGGUCAAUGACGAAAGCAGUGAAUUGAAACAAAAAAUAGAGGAAAUGAUUAGAGAAUACGCAGGAGAAACCGAUUUACUGUGGGAGACGCGAACGUUUCCGAUAACAUUUGAAGAUUGGGACCUGAGACGAAUAUUAAGAGCUGUGUUACCAAAAGAUUUGGACUUUAGCAGUUAUAGUCAAGCAGGGCAUAUAGUUCACGUUAAUCUGAGGGAAAACCUUUUGCCUUUCAAGAAGGUCAUCGGGCAGAUUCUGCUUGAAAAGGUUGGGAAAUGCAGGACUGUUGUAAAUAAAAUUGACGGCAUAAGCAGUGAAUAUAGAAACUUCGAGUUAGACUUAUUGGCUGGUGAGCACAACUAUGUGACAGAAUUGAUAGAGGAUGGUGUGAGGUAUAAGUUGGAUUUUUCCAAGGUAUUCUGGAAUUCACGGCUUAGUCACGAACACGAACGAGUAGUGAAGAUGUUUGAAUCGAGGUCAUUAGUCUAUGACGCUUGUGCUGGAGUAGGCCCAUUUGUCUUGCCUGCUAUCAAGAAAGGGCGAAUUCGUCAUGCGUUCGCGAAUGAUCUGAAUCCGGAGAGCGUGAAGUGGAUGAAUGAAAACAUAGCUCUGAAUAAGAUCCCCUCCGAAAAAAUCAGCAUUUUCAACUUAGACGCUGCUGAUUUUAUUCGUGGUCCCGUUGCUGAUGAUUUGAACAAUAAAAUCACCAACACCAAUGCAGAGGAAGCCCAGCCGUCUGGCGCUUACGUUAUGAUGAAUCUGCCUGCAUAUGCGGUCAACUUCCUUCCUGCUUUUCGUGGAAUGUUAGCUAAUUUAGCAUGUUCCAAAACUCUUCCCGUGUUCCCUAUAAAGGUGUUUUGUUAUCUGUUUGCAAAGGCUCAUGAGGACGUGCCUGACAAGUGGUAUGAGCAGCAAGCUCAAAGGAUGGUCCGAGAUCUUGUCAAAGAAGAGGAAGCUGCUAUAGAUCUGAUUCACCAUGUACGCACGGUUUCAUCUCGAAAAGAGAUGUUUUGUGUGCAGUUGACUCUGUCUUGGGACUUCCUUACACAUAAAGAGAGUGGUGAGAAGAGGAGUUUGGAUGAAAGUGAAGAGAAUGUGACUAAUUCGAAAAAGAUCAAGUUGGACUGAAUUGUAGUCAUAUGUCCCGCAUUUCUAAGAAGACGUUUUUAGUUUGCUUUCAAUGUCAUCAUCCUUGUAUGGUUUGAUUUUGUUGAUUUUUUAAUUCGUUAUUUACUGUUUUGUUGAUUGUUACG